AUGUCUGUCCAUGCUCUCGCCCUCUCGGCCAACCAUGAAUUCACCAAACCCCUCGUCCCCGAGAUAACCCUCCUUACCGGGCUCGGCGUCGAAGGCGACUGCCACCUGGGAGCUACCGUCCAACACCGCAGCCGCCUACACAUCAGCCCCCCGCCCCCCAACCUCCGCCAAGUCCACCUCAUCCCCAAAGAAAUCCUCGAUCAAGUCGACCUCCAACCCGGCCAAAUCGGCGAAAACAUCGCCACCCUCGGCAUCGACCUCCUGUCCCUGGGCAAAGGCACCAAACUGCAUUUCCUCCCGGCUCCAGACCCCUCUACCACCUCCCCUACAGGGGUAUACAAAGACGAAAGCCAAGAAGCAAACCACCCAAUCGUAACCAUCCAAGGCCUGCGCAACCCCUGUCCGCAAAUAGACAAGUUCCGGCCCGGGCUGAAGGAGCGGUUUGUGGUGCGGGAUGAGGAGAGGAAGAUCGUGGGGAGACGGGCGGGGGUGAUGGGGACGGUGGAACGGGGUGGGAAGGUGGUGGUGGGGAUGAGGGUUGUUGUGGAAGAGGUUGGGGAGGAGGAGGGGGGGUUUGUGGAGUUGGGGUGUGUUUAG